ACGAAGAGGAGAAGGAAGGGAAGGGAGGGGAAGGAAGGGACGAGGCGAGCAGAGCACGGAAGCAAAACUUCUCGCGGGCGUCGUCUCGCGGACUCUUGUGAUCUUCGAACGACAGUCGACAGAGAUGGCCAUGGCGUGCGCCCUCGCCACUUCGCUCUCGUCUCUCGCACUCUCGUCUGCCGCCUCUUCGUCCAUCGUCUCCUCCUCCUCUUCGUGUCACCAGGGCCUACGACGGACAGGUUUUAAACUCGUCUUAGCGCCAGUAGGGAAGGUUUCAUGGACCGAGAAGAGAAAUGUGAUCGUUAGGGCAGCAGCCGAAGAGGCGGCCGGAGAUAGCACUCCCAGUGCUCCAUCUGACCCUGCAUUAGUUCUCAAGUUGCAGUCAGAGCUCCUCAAGAAAAAAGCUAAGAAGUUAGAACUCAAGAGGAAGAGGCUGGUUCGCAAGCGCCACCUGAGGAAGAAGGGCCGCUGGCCACCAGCUAAGGUCAACAAGACCAAGAAUAUCUAGGAAUUUUUAUAAGUUGGAUAGGAAAAUUUGUCUAUAGGCUAAUUUGCUGCAAUGAUUCUGGCAGUAGGGCCUUCGAAGUUGCUGGUUCUACUCCCUAUUCUGAUUUGAACAGCAUGUACAUUGAGCUGAGCCCCCAUGCAACGUUAGUGCAGUUGUGAGUACUCAAAUGAGCUCUUGCCUUCGGCAGCGAUAUCAAUGCAAAAUACACGUUCGGUGAUUGAUUCUUUUCAUCCGCACUUGCGAGGAUUAGCCGCCGGCGUUGGCUUCUCACUGCCUUUUUAUUUCUA